UGAGCUAUGGAUCUUAGGCGUGUCUGCAAGAGCCGCCAUGUUUCCUCAUGACGUCACCAAACGGGAAGUGAGCUCGUUGUUCUCCACGGUUUGCUGUCUGUGUGCGGAGCUGGAGGCUCGUGGACCAGAAGAACUCUUCAUCCUCCUCCUCCUCCUCCUCUUCCUCGCGGAUCAUGGACGGAAAUCAGAGUUCACUUCCUCUUUCAGCGGCUCGGAGAAUAUGAGCACGUCCAACCUGUCCACAGUGGAUGGCACUGAUAGGCUGUGUGUUUCUGAGCGCGCUCAGUGUGUCCCAUCUCGGGUUCUUCACUUGCGUCAGCUUCCGCCUGACGUCUCUGAACAGGAAGUGCUAGCUCUGGCGCUUCCUUUCGGCCGAGUUAGUAAGCUGAUAACGUUAAAGGCCAAAAACCAGGCAUUUGUAGAAAUGGCGUCGGAUGAAGCUUCUGUUGCCAUGGUGAACUACUACACUUCGGCCCCACCCACCGUCAGGAACCAGCCAAUCUUCAUUCAGUACUCAAACCACCGCGAGCUCAAGACCGACAAUCUGACCAAUCAGAGGGUGGCGAUGCAGGCCAUCAGUGCAGCAGCAUUGCAUCCUGGGAAUAUGGCAUCAGGAGGAGAGGGGCGGGGCUUAAUUUUUGGUCAGAGUCCCGUCCUGAGAAUCAUCGUUGAGAAUCUAUUUUACCCGGUGACCCUGGAGGUCCUGCAGCAGAUCUUCAGUAAGUUCGGCUCUGUGUUAAAAAUCAUCACGUUCACCAAAAACAAUCAGUUCCAGGCUCUGCUACAGUUCAGCGAUGCCGUGCACGCUCAUCACGCCAAGGCUUCUCUGGAGGGUCAAAACAUCUAUAACGGCUGCUGCACGCUGAGGAUCGACUUCUCCAAACUGAGCGCGCUCAACGUGAAGUACAACAACGACAAGAGCCGAGACUUCACCCGCACCGACCUCCCCACGGGAGAGCUCGACCCCGCCGCAGCGUUCGGUGUAGCUCUGCCUCCGUACGGAGCCGCAGCGUUCCCACCCACCUUCCACCAACACACAGGUCUGGCGAUGGCGCCCGUCCACGGCUCGUUGGUGUCUCCUCCUCGUGUCUCCCUGCAGGUGGCGCCUCCCGGUGUCCACUCUGUGCUGCUGGUGUCCAACCUGAACCCAGAGAGCGUGUCUCCUCAUGGCCUCUUCAUCCUGUUCGGUGUUUACGGGGACGUUCAGCGGGUGAAGAUUCUCUUCAAUAAGAAGGAGAACGCUCUCGUUCAGAUGAGCGAUGCCACUCAGGCUCAACUUGCGAUGAGUCACCUGAACGGCCAGCGUCUCCAUGGAAACGUGAUCAGGGUGAUGCUGUCCAAACACCCCGUGGUGCAGCUACCCCGCGGGGGGGCGGGGCAAGAAGAGCAGGUGCUGACCCGAGACUUCUCAGGCUCCGCCCUCCACCGCUUCAAAAAACCCGGAUCCAAAAACUUUAACAACAUCUUCCCUCCAUCCGCGACACUUCACCUCUCCAACAUCCCCUCGUCGGUCAGCGAGGACGUGUUGAAGGAUUUAUUUUGCUCCAGUGGAUUCACAGUGAAAGCCUUCAAGUUUUUCCAGAAGGACAGGAAGAUGGCUCUGAUCCAGCUCGCAUCUGUAGAGGAAGCCAUUGAGGCUCUGAUUGCCCUGCACGACCACCAACUUGACCACAACCAGCACCUCCGAGUCUCUUUCUCCAAGUCCACCAUCUGACCCCCAGUCCUCUGAAGAGUCCACCAACUGACCCCAUUCCUUCUCCCAAGUUCUUCAUCUGGCCCCGAGUCCUCCUCCAAGUAGACCAUCUGACCCCGAGUCCUACUCCAAGUGGACCACCUGACCCAAAGUCCUUUUUCAAGUCUGACAUCAGACGCCGGUCCUCUACCGAGUUCAUCAUUUGACCCCAAGUAAUCAAGGUACCUUUCCCAAGUCCACCAUCUGACCCUGAGUCCUUCUCUAAGUCCACUAUCUGACCCGAGUCCUUCUGAGUCCAGGUCCAGUGGGAACAAACGGACCAAUGGGAGCGCUCUCCAUGCCUAUGAACUCUCUGACAUCACAGUGACGGAUGAUGACACUCAGCGUGGGGGGCGUUUCCUUGGCGACACAGGUUACAGAGCACAUUCCUGAGCUGACCCGGUGGUGCAUUGUGGGUAGUGGAGUCCAGCAGGGAGUUAAAGUGAAGUGAACUUUUUCUGUUACAGAACGGGAAGCAGAAAAAAACCUUUUUCACAUUUUCAGAACUUUUCAAGCAAUUUUUUUUUUUUUUCUUGUCGUUUUUAAAGAGACGCGGCGUGGAGUGACAUUCUGAAAACUCUGAAGUUUUUUUAUUUUCACAAAGAAAACAAUUAUCAGAUUUCUUUUAACUGUUUUUAUUUAAACAGCGUUUUUCACAAACGUUAGAAAAACAAACGUGUGAAUCAUUUUAAAAUAUUGUUGAUUUUUAUGUGGUUAUUCUUUUAUUCAGAACGUUUUCGAACCUCAGCGACGUCGACGUGCCUUCGCCAUCGGCACCUCCUCCUGCUGUCUGUCGGACUGAAGUCUUUUUAUUUCUUUUUCAUGAGCUGUUGUUGAAUUUUCUGUUUCUGCUAAACUCUUUCUGUGCCUUAUUUUUCUGGAUUCUUCUGCCGGUGGUUUCUCGGUUUGUUGGUUAUUUAAUCAUGUAUGUAUUUAUACUGUACAAACACACAGUGAUGUUAAGCCCCGCCCCUACCUGAACGUAUGUGUGUGUGUGUGUGUGUGUGUGUGUGUGUGUGUGUGUGUGUGUGUGUGUGUGUGUGUGUGUGUGUGUGUGUGCGUGUGUGUGUGCGUGCGCGUGCGUGCGUGCGUGCGUGCGCGCGCGCUGUGAUUACUUUUUCUUAUUCCAAUCAAACAUGUUUUUUUUUUCAUUUAAAAUAACUUUAAAUUUUGGUCUGAUGUUUUGUUUUAAAAGAGGAAGUAAGCCACUAAAAACAGGAAGUCUGCCUUCUGACCUCUGACCUUCUGUUUGAAUCGUGCAGAGCGUAAACAGGGCUUGUUGAUUAAUUUAUUCUUAAGAGUUAAGACGUGAAGAAAACUCGUGUUUGACCCUUCUAGGCAUCCGUAGAAAACAAAAACAAAUUAUUUGAUGCAUUUUUUUCUCUAAAUUAUUUAAAACAUCAAAACAUUUGAUCAGGUUGACCUGACGUCAGGGCUCAGUCUUCAAGUCUUGGUUCUUUAAAAAGUGGGCGGGUUCAGACAAAACCAAAGUUUUUGUGCCUUUUAAUUGGACCAAUUCCUUCUUCAAUAUGACAUCACUUCCUGUUUAAAAGGCUUUCCGAAUGUUGUUUACUUGUUGCAGGAUUUGAGAGCAUCUCCUCGUUCUGAACGUGAAACAUUGGAUGUUUUUACGUCUUUCAAUGUUUAAAGGAACAAAAGUUAAUCUUGAAGUCGACCUGUUCUGAUCUCCGCUUUAAACUCACAUCGAGCGUCACAAAAUGGAUGCUCAAACUGAGGGCGCACUCACACUCGCCAGCUCCCUUACGAAACAUGACCCCCCCCCCCCCCCCCCCCCUGCUGACCUGCACUCACACUGCUCCAGGACUAACCGGGUCUGAGCGUGUAGCGCUGCCAGGACGUUUGCUUUAUUAUUUACACUUUUUGAGCACUUCAAGAGAGACGAUGAAAACCAACGCACUCAGGAAUAGUUCUGAUGGUUCGAUUGAUUCACAGCGUGCACAGAGUGAAACUCCACCUUAACUUUUCUGUCCACUAGCGGCCGCAGCCUGUAUGAUAGCAGCACGGUGGAUUAGCUCUGGUCCAGGUUCUGGUCCAGAACAUGACGAACUCUUCACAGACUUUGGGGCGAAUUCCGAGUCGUUCUGUUCAGUGACGUCCCACUAACACUCUGGGAUUUCUGGAUAAUGGACGCAGGGAUCAAUUAUACUUCAUGUCCACGUUGUGUUCCCGUGCUCGUGAGCGACCAUACCGUGUACCAAGCACUGCCAUCAGUGCUCGAGCCCUCGCACUCCACAGACGAACUUGACUAUGGGGGUCAAACAGGCUUGGGCACGUUACGGCUUGUCUAGUGUGAGUGCGCCCUGAAGGUAAACGUACAUCAAGUUAUCCCAGGAUGAAUCUGCAGAGGGCGCUAAACGCCUUGUUCUGCUAAUCACGCCCCAGACGGCUUCAAGCCUCUCCGCAGGGCGCUGAAACCUCUUAGAGGACGCUCUCCUCCCCUCUCUACAAGGAACACGUUGAGUAACGAUUACUCAAAUACCCGAGAUGGUUACUUUUUAACACAAAGUGUUAAACAAAGUCAAAGACUUUGACGACCUCUGAUGACCUCCUGUAUGAUGCUGACCUGUUAUGUGUUAAAGGAACUCCUUCUGAUUGGUCAGCUCUCUGGAAGCCUCUAAGAGGGGCAGAACGCUGCAGGGCUGCCAAGGGAGGGCUGCUCUCCAUAGCUGGGUAACACGUGAACAUAUUAACGUUACAUGUUUUAUUUAAAGUCACAUUCACUCUGAACGUUUGUUUCAUUUGAACGAUUUGACUCUGAAAGACCGACGUGAGAAAUAUUUGAACUCUUUCUGGAGUUUUAUGGAAACAUUAAAAUUUAAAUGUUUUAAUUUAUUUCAGAUUCAUGUUGAAAGUUUUUUAUUCUUUUCGAUCUGAAUGUAUCGUUUAGUUUUUGAUGCUGAUGAAUGUAAACUUGUGGUGCAUUGUGGGAGCAGCUGGGACCUUUAAUAUUAUAAUCGUCAUGAAUAUUUUUCAUAUUGUAUCAGUGCAUGAAGGGGUCUGUUUGGUAACUUUUAUUCUUAAAGUGUGACAGGAAGUUGUAGCAUGACUCACUGAAUAAAUUAAUCACUUUACAA